AUAGCACUUCACUCUUAAGUGGCGUAACACUUAUUUAAGAUAAAACAACUGCCAAGUAUAUAAAAACGGAAUUUUUCAUUUAAAAUCACAGUAUACCCCUCUGAGAAGUAACUAAAAACGAUGAACAAAAUAGUAGCAUUGAUUGCGGUUUGUUUCGUGGCCAUCCAGGCCGCGAACGUCGUAAAUGUGGUGCGAGAUGGCAAACUCGAAGGCGCAGCAGACGACGUUAAGGAACUCUACUACAAACUCCUAGAGAAACUGGGCGAGGCGAUCACGGGAGCGAAUAACACGAUGAACGAAGCUCUGGACGCGGCCAAAGCUUACGCCGUCGAAGUCGAAACGGCUGCCAAAGCGGAAAUCCAGAGUACGCUGGAUAGUUUCCAGGCCCAGCUGGAUGAACUGAAUCAAAAAGCUAAAGAUGCAGGUAUCGACAUCACCGAAUGCCGUAAAUACGAAACUCAAUUCACCCAAUUGCCCGACACUCUCAUGGACGAGAUCGUCGCCUGCGUGAACCAACAAAUCAGCAAAGCCCAAAGCGAGAUCAACUCGGCAAUGAAUACCGCGAUGGCCAUCCAACAAGACUACUACAACAUCGAAAAGGAAAUCGACGAUUGUGGAAGUGGCUGGAAAGCAGUCACUUGUUUGGCCGAGCUGAGCGUGAAAAUCGCCGACGACACCAUCGAAGGCCCCUCCAAGAUCUCCGAUAACGUUAACAAUACCGUAACCAUCAUACAGAACGCCUGGCCGGAAAUUAAACAGUGUGCCACCAACGCUGUGGAAAAGGCUCCCAGUCAAGCCGCGCAGAUUGUUAAAGAUUUCGCUGUAUGUUGUGCUAUACCAUAAGUUUUGGAAUUAAAUUAAUUAAAUGUAGUACUUUUUUUAA